CACACGGUGCUCAUAAUCAUUUGAGCUCUUGCUGUCAAUUGCGUGGCAUCGCACAAGUCGUUGAGUGAUUAAUAGUUGGUUACUCCAUCACGUUUGAUUUUCUUUUUUUGGAAAAAUGUCACGUUGUCUACGGUCAACGACUCGAUUUCAAAAAUUACAAGCACAACAGAUAAAACAAUUCGAUAAAGCGUUACAAUUCAACAUAAGCAAGCGUUCAGAGACAAAAAUCGACGCAUUUGAUCAGCAAGAAUUUCUCAGUCUGUUUGGACUGAUGCCAUGCAUAUAUCAAAAUGGCACCAAAAAACGAAAAAUUUCCGCGAUUUCACCAUCAACUGUCGAUGCAAUAAUAAAAGACGAUUUCACGAAAAUUAAUAGAACAAUAGAAAAACGACCACGAUAUAUCAAUAAUAUUCCACGAAAAAAUCGGUUUCAACAUAAAUCCAUACUCGAACGUCGCAUCACAGAAGCACUAUGUGUUCAGACGACUUUGCUCGCCCGAAAGCAAUAUCUAUUGAAACAAAUGUUGGAAUCCGUUGCAAAUCAACGUAAAUGCAAUAUUUUACACGAACAAGCGAAACAAAGGAACAUCAUUUUGAAAAUGCAAAUCAAUGAAUUGCAAUCAAAUUUGAUAUUCCUUUGGAAGCCAUCAAACGUUCAAACAGAAAAUCAAAAAUAAAAGAAAGAGAUAAAAAUGGACAUUCUGUCAUGAAAAAACUAUACAUUUUUUAACAAACUGACAAAAUAUUAUUUAUUUAUAUUAUUCUCAAAGACAUUGAACAUUAAGUUUAUUAGAAUUUAUUCUAUUGUUCUGCCUUAACUAUUAAACAACGAAAAGAAAAAAAACCAUCG